CUGAUAGAUAGAGAGGGGACACGGAAAGAGAGAGAUGAAAACAAAAUAAUUAAAUAAAAAUCCCACCUCUUUCUGCACCAAAAAUUUGCUCGUCUCUGUAAUUUCUCCGUCGAUUUUUCCUUAAAAUUUCAAUCUAUUUUCCUUUCUUUUUCUCUGAAUUAUCUUCGUUUUUGUUGUUGUUGUGUGAUUUAUGAGUGUCAGUAGAUCGCGAUCGCGAUCACGACCUUUCUCUCUUUCUUCGCUAACUGCUGUCAGAUUUCUCACUUCAGUAGAAAACUAAACCCUAGAAUUUUAUAGAGCGGGGUUCUUUAGGCUUAGAGAAAUCUGCUGCUUACUUCUUUUAUUCGAUUUCAUUGUAGAAUUCUAGAGCCAGGGUUUUAGGCUAGAUGAGGGGAGUUGAGGGAGAUGGCGUGGAAUUGGGGAACCCUAAUUUGGGCGUGGAUUUCAAGGAGUUAGAUAGCAGUAGCACAGAUAAUGCUCGCUUUGAUGCCUCACAAUAUGCAUUUUUUGGUGGCAAAAAUGUUGUGAAGGAAGUUGAGUUAGGCGGGUUAGAAGAUGAUGAUGGUAAUGGUGCUGGGUUGGUCGGGCCCAAUGACAAGGAAUAUCAUUUUUCUUCUAUGGAAGACAGGGAGGAGGGGGAGAUUUUAAGAUCUUUAUCUGACAUUGAUGAUCUCGCAAGCACCUUUGCAAAGUUGAAUAGAAAUAUUAGUGAACCAAGGAACACUGGAGUUAUUGGUGAUAGAGGCUCAUUCUCGAGAGGAAGUUCAUCUACUGCAGACUGGACACAGGAGACGGGAGACUUUUCAAACUGGCUAGAUCAACAGAUUCUAGAUGCUGAAAAUGUGCAGGAUGGUAAGCGAUGGUGGUCACAACCGCAUAUUUCUGGUCCUCGGUUUGCUGAAGUAAAACCACUGCAUAGAACAUCCUCGCAUCCGCAGCCACUACCCCAACAACAGCACUCAAGUGAUCCUGUUCUUGCACCCAAGUCUUCUUUUACUUUGCUACCCUCACCUGGUGUUGGUCGAUCUCAAGUUCUAUCACGCCAUGCUAGCAUACCUUCGACUCUCCAGAUACCCUAUACUACCCCCAAUAUCUCACAAUUCUCUCCUCAACUUCAUUUAGCCGAUUUGUCCAAUGGUCUACCUUAUGGUGGAAACAUCGCGCAGUUUGCUCCAGGCCUCUCCAUUAGUGGUAGGCACCAGAACCAGUGGUUGAACCAGGCUAGUCUAUUUACUGGCGAGAAUCCCAAUUUGUUGUCUAACAUGUUACAACACCAGUUAUCUCUUCCAAAUGGGUUAUUGCCAUCGCAGCUGUUGUCAAAACAGCAGCAGAGAUUACAGCAAAUUCAGCCAUCUUUUCCCCACUUUCCGCACUUGCAGUCUCAACUAUUCAACUCGCAUCCUCCGUCUCCUCACUUGAUGAACAAAUUUGAUGCCAUAUUUGGGAUGGCUGAUCUUAGAGAACAUAGAGAACAUAGACCAAAAUCUUCUUCCAGGGGAAGACAGAAUAAGAGAUUUUCUCAACACAGUUCAGAGAACGGCAGCCAGGCAGGUGAUACUCCUCUGACGCAAUUCAGAUCGAAGUACAUGACAUCUGAAGAAAUUGAAAGCAUUCUAAGGAUGCAGCAUGCUGCAACUCACAGUAACGAUCCUUACAUAGAUGAUUAUUACCACCAAGCUUGCUUAGCAAAAAAAAUUUCUGGUUGUCGGAUGAAACAUCAAUUCUGUCCUUCAUCUAUCAGGGAUUUGCCAUCUAGAUCUCGCAAUAAUAACGAACCACAUGCAUAUCUUCAAGUUGAUGCUUUGGGAAGGGUCCCAUUUUCUUCUAUACGUAGACCUCGCCCCCUCCUUGAAGUUGAUCUGCCAUCAUCUGGAGAUGGAAUCCUAGAGCAAAAAUCUUCAGUGAAGCCCCUUGAGCAAGAGCCUAUGUUGGCUGCCAGAAUUGCUGUUGAAGAUGGGCUCUGUCUUCUCCUUGAUGUAGAUGAUAUUGACCGCCUAUUACAGUCCAGCCAGAUACAAGAUGCUGGAACUCAGCUGAGACGAAGGCGUCAGGUCCUUCUAGAAGGUCUUGCAGCUUCACUUCAGCUAGUUGAUCCACUUGGCCCAGGUAAAUCUGGACAUUCUGUUGGUCCUGCACCAAAGGAUGAUCUUGUGUUUCUUCGACUAGCCUCUCUUGCCAAGGGUCGAAAGCUUCUUUCUCGCUUCCUUCAGCUUCUGUACCCUGGAACCGAGCUUGCUAGAAUUGUUUGCAUGGCAAUAUUCCGUCAUUUAAGGUUUUUAUUUGGCGGUCUUCCCUCUGAUUCAAGCGCAGCUGAAACAACGGCUGAUCUUGCUAGGGUCGUGUCUUCAUGUGUUCAUGGAAUGGAUCUCAGUGCUCUCAGUGCUUGCCUUGCUGCUGUGGUUUGUUCUUCCGAACAACCACCUCUCCGGCCAUUAGGAAGUUCUGCAGGUGAUGGAGCCUCUAUUAUUAUAAAAUCUGUUUUGGAGAGAGCAACUGACCUACUUAUUGAUCCACAUGCUGCCAGCAGCUACAGCAUGUCCAACCGAUCUUUGUGGCAAGCAUCCUUUGAUGCGUUUUUUGGGCUUCUUACAAAAUAUUGUCUCAGUAAAUAUGACAGUAUAAUGCAACAAUUGCUCACGCAAUCACCUAACACUGUGGUCAUUGGGUCUGAGAUGAGUAGAGCUAUAAGCAGAGAGAUGCCCGUGGAACUGCUACGAGCAAGCAUUCCUCAUACUGAUGAUCAACAGCGUAAGCAGUUACUUGAUUUUGCUCAGAGGUCCAUGCCAAUUACUGGAUAUAGUGCUCAUGGAGGUAGUCAUGGGCCUAUAACUUCUGAAUCAGUGCCUGGUUAAUGGACUGUGUUAAAUAAAGUGGCUCAAUCUUUCGCUAUGACCUGCUUUGGAAUUCAUGCAUAAAUUUGGCUACCACCAGAUAUUGACACUUGAUCGAUCAUAAAGCAGAUGCAUGAUUGCUCAUAACUGGCAUCUUUUUCUUCGGAUUUUUAAGGGAAUAAGCUUCACUUUACUGUUAUUAUGAAAUUAGGAUAUCAAUAUAUACUUUGCUCCAUGUAUGUGUUGACGUAGUACGUUGUAGGAGUUGUGGCUCAAACUUUUAUCCUUCUGAGGAGUGUAGUUUUGGUGCUCCAAGUAGGGGGACUCUCAGACAAAUGGAGUAGCGGGUAGAUAAUAUGUACAGGUUCUGAUGCUGAAAGCAGUGCUUUCCCUCUGUUAUCUGAAGAUGGGAAGAAAAUCCACCAUACUAUCCUUUUAUGUGUUUUAGUUGGCAGGAAAGGGAAUGAUGAUGGAAUUGGUACAUAAGAUGCUUGUUAGCACCUGCAAGGGUUAUUUGUUAAUUCAGUGUUUCUUGUAUGUUGUGUAGUUUGUAUGCUUUGGUGGUUGGAAAUGUACUUGGGUCUUUUGGAUCGGUUUGAUUGAAGCUACCUGUGAUAGCGUUCCUUGCAUGAUAA